GCAAGAACCCGAUGUAUUAUCCCGACAGCGAAACCCUUGUGGUAAAUAAUAGAGAGAAAAAAUCGUCUCACUCUUAUUUAUCUCUCAAACUCCGUUCUUCUUCUCCCUUCUCCUGCGUCCAGUAUGCCGGUGUACAAGGUAGCCAUAAAAGCCCAGUUCGAAAAUGUGACUGAUUUGGAGGCGCCGGGAGAAGACUUCCAGUAUUGCAUUAAGACUCAGUGCAACACAUGUAACGAAGUAAGUGAGAAGUGGCAGUACGUGUCGGCAGACGAGCAGGUGGAGAUGCCGGGGUCUCGUGGCACUUGCAACAUGCUCUACAAGUGCAAGCUGUGCAACAGAGUUAACACUAUGGAUGUCCUCGUUCAGAAGAAGCAGUUGUACACGGCAGACGACGUCCCCAAAAUGAAGGAGGUCAUAGCCUUCGAAUGCCGAGGGAUGAGUGUGGUCAAUUUCAAAUUCGGAAAAGGAUGGCAGUGCAAGGGCAGCGAGAGUGGGACCCCCUUCCUCGACCUAGACCUUGACGAGGAGUGGUGUGACUACGAUGAAGAUGGCAACUGCCCUGUUGGCAUCUCAGAACUGGAGUACAAGAUCGUGUAAACAGACGUACAGAAACAGACUCCAGAGUUGGUGGGGUUUUGGGAUGUCUGUGUGACUUGGGGAGGAGCCGACAUCAUUGCAAAUUAUAUGUUCUUACUGUCCUGUGAAGGUGUAGGAGGUAUUAGGAGAAUACUUACCUUUUUUUAUUGUUGCUGUGGGUUGCCGAAGGUGAUUUUUCUAACGUAUUGGAAGUAAUAAGAACCUCUGUAAGUGGUGAAUCAUCUUUCCAUUUUUUUUUUAUUGUCAGAUGCAUCAUGGUGUGUUUGUUAUGGAUGAAGAUCAUUGUCAGCAUUUUGUUAUUUUUUGUACUUCCAUCUUUCAUUGAAAUAGGGUUAUAAGAGAGGAAAAAGAGAGGGAAAGGUUCAUUUUUAGCUAUGAAAUAUGAGUCAUUUUGCAGUUAAAAUGUGUCUUGGGCAAUAAAACGUUUGUAAGCAA